AGCAUUACAUGGGCAUCUGUCCAAAGAAGAGCCUUGUCUCAAAGGCCAUGGCUGAAUCCAGAGACUACGUGGGAGACUUCCUCAAUGAAUUCAGGCGGGAGAUCAUCACACGAACAAGACGAGUCAGUGAGAUCACUGAGGCAGUCUCCUCCCAAAGUCUCAUUCAUGAUGGUGCAAUUUGUCAAGUCCAAGCUGCUCGUACUGAGCAGGAGGCGAUGAGGAUGCUUUUUGAAGCUCUGGAAAGAGAACCUUCUCACCACAGAGCGUCCUUUCAUCUGAUAUUGAGGAUGAACGAGCCAGAACUUAUUCAGGAACUUGAAUUGAGACAACGAAACAGCAAGCAUACACAGACCGAAGAUGAUCAAUCACUUGGGGAGAAAAAAAAGCAAGAUGGUAAGAUAAAGAGAGAUUCACUGAAGAGAAGAAGACUGGAGACAGUGCUAACCAUAGAGCAGAUUCAGAAAUUUUGGGAAGAACCAAAACCAGAGCAAAAUGAAAUUGAAAAAAAGAAGGGAAGAAUCAAACAACAGCAAGAUGAGAUGGCCUGCAUGACAGAGGAAAAAAGACAACUAGAAAAGAUGCUGGAACAUAUUAAGGAAAAGAUGAAUCAAAACAAAGAGGAGCUCAAUAGAGAGAAAUACACAAUUGAACAAUUAAAAGCAAACCUGCAAUCAGAGAGAAAAGUCCUGGAAGAUGAACGUGAUAAAAUCCAAAAAGAGAAAAAAAAGCUAAGAAAUGUGCAAGAUGAAGUUCAGAAAGCUAAACAAGAAACUGACAAGAACAAGCAUGAUUUAAAACUUGAGAAGGACAAAAUAAACCAGAUGCGAGCUGAAAUGCUCAAAGAGAAAGAACUCCUAGAGAAAAGAUGUCAAGAGACCUUAGAAAAAGAGAAUGAGUUGGAGCAGGUCAAGCAAAAAGUUGAACAUGAAAAGGAGGAUUUGAUACUGAACAGGACAUUGUUACAGAAAGAGUGGGAAAAAGUGGAGCAGACGAAGGCAGAUAUACAGUUGCAAAUUGCAUUUAUUGAGAUCAAGGCUGAGGAAAUCAAGAUUGCAAAUGAACAACUGGUUCAGAUGAAACUGGUGAUGCAGACGGGAAGAGAUGUUCAUGAAAAAGAAGAGACUGAUAUGCAGAAAAGAAAAGAUGACAUGGAGAAAAAGACACAGUUGCAAAUGACUCAAAUGGAGAUGAAGAUGCAGGCGUGUGAAGCUGUUAAGGAUGAACUUAACAAAGAGGGAGAAGAAACAAUUCAGAGUAAGAUGGAGGACUUGAAUGAAAGAAUGGAUGAGAUAAGAACUGAGCUGAGGCAUAUCCAGGAUGUAAAAAAUGACUUAAUAAGACAGAAAGAAGAGGUAGAGACCCAAAUGAAAAAGGUUUUAAGUGAAAUGCAUAAACUUGAACAGAUGAAUGCAGACCUACAGAGAAAAAAUGAAGCAAUUGAAAAUAAAAUAGCUGAGGCGAGAAUUGAAGGGACUAAACUUGAGCAAAUGAAGACAGAGAUUCUAAGGCAAAAAGAGAAUGUUGAAAACACAAUGCAACUUACAAAUGCAGAGAUGGAAAAGCUACAGCAAGUCAGGGAUGAAAUACAACAUCAAAGAAAUAAGUUGGAGGAAAGGAUGAAGAGAGCUAAACGAGAAAUGGAAGAGAUGGAACUCUUGAAAAAAGAGAUAGACAUGAAGAAAAAAGAGACUGACCAAAAAAUGAAGCAGACAAUUAGGAAGAAAAAUGAAAUAGAGAGAAUGAAAAUGGAAAUACAGAUGGCAUUAGAAGAAAUUGAACGCAAAAGGGCAGAAACUGAGAAGAAGAGAUAUGAUAUGGAACGUGUAAAAGCUGAAAUUCAAAGAGCAAAAGGGAAGAAUCCAAACACAGAGGAAAAAGAGGAGAUGAAUGCUAACAUUAUCAACCUAAUCUUUCAGAUUGAAAGAACCAGGGAAAUGGUAAGGGAUGCAAAAUUUCAUAUGAACAACAGAAUGACAGAAAGCCUGCUAGGAGCAAGUGAUAACGAGGAGAUGAAUGCUGAGAUGCAGAAACUUAUUGUGGAAAUUGAACACAUAAGAGAAAUGCUCCAACAUCUUAAAGAAGAAAUGGAACAAAACAAGGAGGUUCUCAAGAGAGAAAAGGAUGAGAUAAGAACACUUAAAAUUGAAAUUCAAAGAAAAACAAGAUACCUGGAAAACCGAGAAGAAAAGAACAGGAGAGAACGAGGUGAGUUAGAACUAAUGAGUGUCAGGAUACAGAAACAAAGGCAAGAACUGGAGGAAAGACUGGAAGGCAUCAGACAACAGAAUAGAAUGAAAGCAGAUCAAACGGAUGAUACAGACAAACCUGGAAAAAUGUUGCGAUCUGAUGUGCAAGUUCAAACCGAAAUUUGGGAGCAAGAAAAUCAGAUUCUUGCUGAAGAAAUAAACCAGAAGAAGAAAGAGUUGGAAAAGAUGACUGCAAUAAUAGCAAACCAAAAUCAGGAUUUUGAGGCAAAGACAGACCUUCUUGAGAAGGAAAAAUAUUACAUUGAAAACAAAUGGUUGGAGCUGCAGAGGAAAAGUGAAGAGUUGCAAAUUGAAAUGACAAAACAAAAAGAAAAGGAAGACAUGGAAAGAAAGGCAAUGGAACACGAGAAACAAGCCCUAGAAAAAGAAAUAACCAAGGUGAGACAACAGAAAGAACAGUCUGAAAAGGAAAAAGAAGACAUGGUAAAAACAUGGAAAGAACUUGACGUUCUAAAAGAGCAAAUAACAAAAGAGAAGGCUGAAAUAGAUCAAAUUACAAGCAAAAUUGCAACUGAAAAAUUUGUACUUGACCAAAGAGAGACUGAAAUCAACCAACAAAAGCAAUUUCUGGAGGACACUUUUAAGGACUUGAUGCAAAAGACCAACAAUCUUGAU